UGUCAGGUGAUCAGCUCACUGGACAGAUCGGUUAGUCGGUGGCACAAGCGUCUAAAAAUAAGACGAAAAGGGGGAUUCUUUCUGUUUUUUAUUCACCACGGAGGGAAAUAAAUCGUCGAUACAUCUUCUAUUUUAAGGAAAUGUCCCAGUAGGACUUGUUGUGACACAUCAGCAUAAUGUCGGGGAACAACUUGGUUCUACCCAUAGUGCUCUGGGGCCGCACGGCUCCCACCCACUGCAUCAGCAGCCUGCUGGUGAUGGACGACUUCAGCACCAUCAUCACCGGCUGCCAUGACGGACAGAUCUGCCUCUGGGACAUGACACCUGAGCUGGAGAUUUGUCCCAGGGCAAUGUUGUUUGGUCACACAGCCUCCAUUACCUGUCUGUCUAAAGCCAGUGCGUGCAGUGACAAACAGUACAUUGUCAGCGCAUCAGAGAGCGGAGAGAUGUGUUUAUGGGAUGUGAACGAUGGACGCUGUAUUGAGUUCACCAAACUGGCCUGUGCUCACACUGGCAUACAGUUCUAUCAGUUCACCGUCGGCACUGAGAGGGAAGGGCGUCUGCUUUGUAACGGCCACUACCCAGAAAUCCUUGUGGUGGACGCCACCAGCCUUGAGGUGCUGUACUCGCUGGUGUCCAAGAUCUCUCCCGACUGGAUCAGCUCCAUGAGCAUCAUCCGAUCCCACCGAACACAAGAGGACACAGUGGUGGCAGUGUCAGUGACGGGGAUUUUGAAGGUCUGGAUCAUCACAGCUGAGGUCAGCAGGAUGCAGGACCUGGACCCUGUGUUUGAAGAAGAGUCCAAACCCAUCUACUGUCAGGGCUGUCAGAGUAUUUCCUUCUGUACCUUCACUCAGAGCAGCCUGCUGGUUGUCUGCUCCAAGUACUGGAGGGUAUUUGAUGCAGGCGACUACUCGUUGCUCUGCUCAGUGUCCAGUGACAGCGACCAGGCCUGGACCGGAGGAGAGUUCAUUGCCACCGACAAAGUCAUCAUCUGGACCGAAGACGGCUGCAGUUACAUCUACAAGCUGCCCGCCAGCUGUCUGCCCGCUAGUGAACAUUUCCGCAGUGAUGUCGGGAAAACCAAAGAAGGCUCGAUCCCUCCGCUGGUCUACAGCAUUGCCGACCGCUCGGACAAACAGCUCCUGAUCUGUCCUCCUGUGACUCGGUUCUUCUUCGGCCGACGGGAGCCCUUCCACAAGCUGCUGAUCCAGGGAGACUCGGCGGGCAGACUGUCCCUGUGGAGCAUCCCAGACACCUCGCCUCUCCAGCCGCUGUCGACCGCUGCAGAGCUGCAGGUGUCGUCCACCAUCAGUCUCCAGGAGGCGUUUGAUAAGUUGACCCCCGUGUCUGCAGGGAUCAUCGACCAGCUCAGCGCUCUACCUGGAAAAGAGGGACCCAUCAAGGUGACGGCCAGCGUGUACAUCCCCUCUCAGGGUCGCCUGGUGUGUGGGAGAGAAGACGGUAGCAUCAUCCUGGUUCCUGCCACUCAGACCGCCAUCGUCCAGCUGCUGCAGGGGGAGCACAUGCUCAGGAGAGGCUGGCCGCCGCAUCGUACCCUGCGAGGUCACCGGAACAAGGUGACGUGCGUCCUGUACCCGUAUCAGAUCUCCCCACGCUACGACCAGCGCUGGAUGGUGUCCGGUGGAGUGGACUUCUCCGUCAUCGUCUGGGACAUUUUCACCGGAGAGAUGAAGCACAUUUUCUGCGUCCAUGGAGGAGAGAUCACCCAGCUCAUUGUCCCGCCUGAAAACUGCAGCACUCGGGUGCAGCACUGCGUCUGCUCGGUGGCCAGCGACCACUCCGUCGGCCUGCUCAGCCUCAGGGAGAGGAAGUGCAUCAUGCUGGCGUCGCGACACCUCUUCCCCAUCCAGGUCAUCAAGUGGCGCCCGGCAGACGACUACCUGGUGGUGGGAUGCUCCGACGGCUCCGUCUACGUCUGGCAGAUGGAUACAGGAGCCUUGGACCGCUGUGUGAUGGGCAUAACGGCGGUAGAGAUCCUGAACGCCUGCGACGAGCUGGCUCCGGCCACCGUGGACGCUCUGAGCCACUCAGCCGUGAACCUGAAGCAGGCGAUGACUCGCCGCAGCCUGGCGGCGCUGAAGAACAUGGCCCAGCACAAGCUGCAGACGCUCGCCACCAACCUGCUGGCUGCAGACAACGCCGACAAGGGCAACCUGCCGAAAUACUCCCACAAUGCCCUGGUGGUCCAGGCGAUGAAGACCAACCUGACGGACCCUGACAUGCACGUGCUCUUCUUCGACGUGGAGGCGGUGAUCAUUCAGCUGCUGACGGAGGAAGCUCAGAGACCGAACCCCAUGCUGGUGUCUCCAGAGACGCUGCAGAAGAGCCAGGCCGGGGCCGACAAGGGGGGGUCCUUCCUGGCCAACAAGAUCUUCAAACAGGUGAAGGAGACGAUGAAGGAGACCAUCAAGGAGCACCUGUUGGACGAAGACGAGGAAGAGGAGGAGGAGAUGAGGAGGCGGGAGGAGAAGUCCAAGUCUCUGAGUCUGCUGGAGUACAACCUGACGAUGGACACGGCCAAACUGUUCAUGUCCUGCCUGCACGCCUGGGGUCUCAACGAACAUCUGGACGGCAUCUGUCUGGAGCGACUGGGCAUGCUCAGACCGCACUGCCCCAUCUCCUUCGGCCUGAUCUCCAGAGGAGGUCACAUGUCCCUCAUGCUGCCCACCUUCAAGGAGUCCUUGCUGCGGCAGUUGUCCCUGGCGACGGGUCUUAAGCUGACUUUGACGGACAUCGUGGGGAAGGGGACGUACGGCGUGUCAAGGGCCGUCACCACGCAGCACCUGCUGUCUGUAAUUUCACUGGCCAACACUCUGAUGGGCAUGACCAACGCCACCUUCGUCGGAGAGCACAUGAAGAAAGCACCAGUCAGGCCUCCCAGACCAGGAGGAACCCCGGAGACUCCUCGCAGGACGCUGGCCGCCCCCCCUCAGCCCUCCAACCCAGCGCUACAGGCCCAGAUCAAACAAGCUGCUGUAGCUGCCACAGCCAACACCAGCACUGUUACUACCACUGCUGGGGUUCUAGGGGCCCCUGGGGGCCUUCUUCAGAGGGCCCCUGGCUCCCAGAGCCCCGGCCCUGCUUAUAACAUCCCCUCAGUCAACGAAGGUUGGAGCCAGCUGGCAGCCAUGCACUGUGUGAUGCUCCCUGACCUCCUUGGCCUGGACAAGUUCAGACCUCCUCUGCUGGAGAUGUUGGCGAGGAGAUGGCAGGACCGCUGCCUGGAGGUGCGAGAAGCAGCACAAGCUCUCCUGUUGGCUGAGUUGAGGAGGAUUGGCCAAUCGGGACGUAAGGACACCAUCGACCUGUGGGCUCCCUACCUGCCUCAGUAUGUGGACACUGUCAGCUCCCCUGGGUCAACCACUGAGCCCUCCCCUCCAGCUCCGCCUCCUCCCGAGGUUCAGCCAAUAGAAGCAAAGGUUCCUGAGGAGGAAAUGGACGUUACGGAUGAUGACAUCACAGCAGGCUGUCUGUCCAACCUUCCACCAAACGCCAAGAAGAUCUCCAACUCAUACGAGGAGCGCCGCAAGCAAGCCACCGCCAUCGUGCUGCUGGGGGUCAUCGGGGCUGAGUUUGGCGCUGAGAUCGAACCUCCGAAGGGUUUAGCGCGGGCCCGAACCGGCGGACAGGCGCCUGAGGGCUUCGGACUGACGAGCGGAGGGUCAUCCAACUACUCACUGGCCAGACACACAUGUAAGGCGCUGACCUUCCUGCUGCUGCAGCCACCCAGCCCCAAGCUGCCUCCCCACAGCACCAUCCGCCGCACCGCCAUCGAUCUGAUUGGCCGAGGCUUCACCGUGUGGGAGCCCUACAUGGACGUGUCAGCGGUGCUCAUGGGGCUGCUGGAGCUCUGCGCUGACGCCGAGAAGCAGCUGGCCAAUGUUACCAUGGGUUUGCCCCUCAACCCGCCGGCAGAUUCGGCUCGCUCAGCCCGCCAUGCCCUCUCUCUUAUCGCUACUGCUCGGCCACCAGCCUUCAUCACCACCAUUGCAAGAGAGGUUCAUCGGUACAACGCAGCUCAGGCGAACUCCCAGUCGCAGCAGAACGUUCACACCACCACUCUGGCCAGAGCCAAGACUGAGAUACUGCGAGUGAUUGACAUCCUGGUAGAGAAGAUGCCUGGAGACGUCGUGGAUCUGCUGGUCGAGGUGAUGGAUAUCAUCAUGUACUGUAUUGAAGGGUCUCUGGUGAAGAAGAAAGGACUACAGGAGUGUUUCCCUGCUAUUUGCAAGUUCUACAUGGUUGGUUACUGUGACCGUAGUCACCGCAUCGCUGUUGGAGCUCGCCAGGGUUCAGUGGCCCUCUACGAUGUUCGCACUGGAAAAUGCCAGAACAUCCACGGUCACAAGGGUCCGAUCACAGCAGUGUCGUUCGCCCCUGAUGGCCGUUACUUGGCAACGUACUCCAACGCCGACAGCCACAUCUCCUUCUGGCAGAUGAACACCAGUCUGCUGGGCAGCAUCGGGAUGUUGAACUCUGCCCCUCAGCUCCGCUGCAUUAAGACCUACCAGGUUCCUCCUGUGCAGCCGGCGUCCCCGGGCUCCCAGAAUCACCUGAAGCUCGCCCGCCUCAUCUGGACCUCCAACCGCAACGUCAUCCUCAUGGCCCACGACGGCAAGGAGCACCGCUUCAUGGUCUAAACCCAGAUCUCUGGUGUCUCCAGGCUGAGAACCUCGUUGUUGUAUCUGUUUGUAGCUCCGAGUCUGAAAUGCUGCAGCAUGGAUUCACUCAGUGGUCACUUUAAUUUUAGCUUCAACCAGUAACCUGAGCUGCUGAGUCCAACAAUUGAUAGAGUCUUAAAAAUAAGCAAGGCUGAUAGAAAAGGCUCAGGUGGUUUCAUCCAAACGUUUGUCUUUAAAAAAGACAUUUCACGUGGAAAAUCUGAAGGUAUCGAACUGGCCAGAAAAGUAAAAACCCAGGUCAGGUCCAGGCUCGGAUCAUUGUGGGGAAACUCGCUCUGUAAUUUAUUUAAAAGCUGUGAUAGAAAGCUUGUUUACAUUAUGAUUUGCAUUGAUGUUUUUUUUUUAGGUUAAUACCUUCUCGUCAUUCCUAUUUAUUUCCCUUUUUUGCCAGAUGGCACAUAUCUCCUCUGUCGCCAUUUUGGGUCCCAACUGUUGCUUUUUAUUUGAAGUCAGCCUUUGAUUCGCUGCCAUUUGGCUUCCCACCUAAUUUUAUUUCAGUGCUAAAUAAGAUCAUCUUAUUAUUAAAUGUACGGAAUAUUUACUUUUUAGAAAGACUGAUUGGAACAUGGAUUCAACAUAGGGACUCAAAAUAAAUCAAUCUUUGCUCCAUUUUCUGUUCUUUAUAUUAAAGUUUGUUAAGGAGUCAAAAACUGAAACAA